UUAAAGUCAUAAUUAUGAGAUUUAAAGUCAUAAUAACGAGAUAAAAAAGUCAUAAUAAUGAGAUUUAAAGUCAUAAUUACGAGAUAUAAAGUCAUGACAGUAGGCUGCAUCUAGAUGGUUUACAUUAAGAUCAGUGUCGUAACGUCAUGGAGUUGGAUCACCACAUUGAGCAAUAUUUCCAAAGACGAUAUACAAAUGAUGAAAUUCUGGCAGUAUUGGCUGAGGUGCAUGGGGUAGUGCUGAGCAAGCGGACACUUGAAAGGAUUCUGAGAGAGAAAAGAUUGUGGCGCAGGAAGGGCAAGACAGAUGUGGCCGAGGUGGCAGCUUUCAUUGAAGCGCAACUCCAAACGUCUGGGCAGUGUCAUGGCUACCGUUGGAUGUACCAAAAAUGUUGGAUAAAUGGCAUUAUUACCGACAGGGAAACAGUACGUGUUCUCUUGCGGCUGUUGGACAGUGAGGGAGUUGACCUGAGAUCAAGAAAUAGACUACGGCGGAGAGUAUAUCACAGCCGGGGUCCCAAUUACGUCUGGCACAUUGACGGCUAUGACAAACUUAAACCGUAUGGGAUCUGUAUAAGUGGAUGCAUAGAUGGUUUUUCUAGGAGACUCAUCUGGCUGGAGGCAUACAAAACUAAUAAUGAUCCGAACGUGAUUGCUGGUUAUUUCAUGGAUGCUGUACUAAUAGCUCAAGGUUGCCCUGAACGAUUACGGGUAGAUUUAGGGACAGAAAAUGUUCGUUUGGCCGAAAUGCAAAGAUUCAUGCACUUUUCAGAGGGUCAACUUGAAAUCGAACAUGUCACAUUUGGUCCAAGCACUGGCAACCAGCGCAUUGAAAGAUGGUGGCUGACAUUACGCAGUCAGUGCGCCCAGUUUUGGAUGGACUUUUUCGAUAAAUUGAAAUCGGAUGGAUACUUCGCUGACACCUUCCUGGACAAGUCAUUGGUCCAGUUCUGUUUUCUUUCCACAAUUCAGGCAGAACUGGAGGAGGUCGCAUUCAUCUGGAAUGAGCACAGGAUGCGUCGAGUGCACAACUCACGAAGUCCUCAUGGCCGUCCAUCCAUCAUCCAUGCAGUGCCUCAACUCUACGGGGCCACGGACUACCUGUAUCGCCCAAGUCUGGAGAAGAUCGAGGCCUGCUUGGGGGAGUGUGUUUACAAAGACUUCCCAUGUGAUGAAGAUGUGUUUCACAUUUGUGUGGGGCUUAUGUCUGAGCAUGGCCUUGAAUUAACUAACGACGUGUACAAGACAGUAGAUCUGUAUGUAAGACUUAGACAGCUAAUUAACAAUGAAUUGCUACAGCCUUAAAAGCAGGGGUAGUUGUUUGUGCUAGAUGAGCUGCAGUAGGCCUAAUUCAGCAUUAGGCCUACUGCAGCUCAUUUAGCAAAACUUAACUUGCACCUAUUUGUAACUAGAGUAGGCUUUAACUGGUUCUGCAACAAUACAAGCCUAACAAUAUACUGUGUGUCUUAACCCCUUUUUUCCAAUCGUUGUAGUGUCUUUAACAUUAAGUUGACAUUUCUACUGCAAAAAUAAAUAUAUUUGAUAUAAACAUUA